CUUACAUUUUGCCAUUGGGAUUUUGCAUUGAAGUUCAAAAUGGCUGCUGAACUGUCGCCUUACAGCUCCGUCUCGCAAGCAGCGCGUAGUCUGCUGGCCACUGCGCUCUCCUGCCCCGUUGGUGCCGAGCGCACUGUCCACUCUGCGCGACCCCAGCCAGGCAGCCACGCGAGCAAUUUGGUCGCGUGGGAUGGCUUCCGGCAAUGGCUGAACAAUCAGCACGCAGACUACGUCGCGCAUGCUCGCGCAGCGGAAGAAUUGCCAAACGUCAACGCAACAUACACCCAAGAAGAAGACCUCAUUGACGCGCUGGACACGCUCACGCAGGAGCUGCACGACAGGUCGACGCAUCGCCAACUCGAGCACGCAGCGUUGGACCAUUUGCAGCGGAGUCGAAUGCUGUCCCAGCUGCUGUACUCGCGUGCGACGCCCGGCACGGAAGACGCUCUCUUUGCCAGCGCGCAAGAGCGCGCCUACUUGGACGAAAGCUGCCGACAGCGCGAUGAGCUCUCCACCGAGGCGUUGGCGUGGUCGCAGAGUGUGGCAGCGAAGCAUGCCCUGCUGCACAAACUCGAGCAAGAAGCCAAAGUGCUCCGAACGGCAAACCGCGAGCUGUCCGCCACUGUGCGGGCACAUCGCCAGGAGCUUGACGCCAUGAGUGCACCAGCCGCGUUGGGCCCAGCCCGACACAGCGCGGCCAACAAGCUGCACGAAGCGCGCAUCAACUUUGGUUUGCAGCGCUCGCGCAGCCGCAUGGUGCGCAACGUCUUCCAAGCCCUUGUUCUGGAGAGUGGUGUCAACUGGAUGGACGAUCCGGCGUUUGCGUCUCUCGUCCUCAGUCUUGAAGAUGGCGAGGGUGAUGUUGAUGAAGAUGGUUUCAAGUGAGACUCGUUGCGUUGAGGUUUUUGUGUCGAUGUUUGUUUUGGUUGCUUCACUGGAAGUGUUGAUUUUUUUUUGCUUUUGCUCAAUUCAUUUGAUGAUUUCCUAUUGGGCGGUGCACCAACAUCAUCGACAACCACAACAAAUUCACAUUUCUCAC